AUGAUCAAACGGAUUUUAGCAUAUCAUCUCGUGGCUGUGUUGUCUUUGAUAGCUUCUGUAGUAGCUGUCGGACAACAAGACAGACACGAGGUGAAACGACAGUCGACCGAUCGAUUGGUUUUUGCGCACUUUAUGGUAAGGAAGAAAAAUUCAGCUUCGAUUAGCCUCGAUCAUAUACUGACACGAGAAAAGAUCGGAAUCGUCAGCGACAGGAGAAGUGCGUCCGAUUUUGAUGAUGAUAUGAAACGCGCAAAAUCGUUGGGCAUUGACGCAUUCGCUCUCAACAUCGGAGUGGACCCUUAUACCGACCAGCAGCUUCAGCUAGCAUACGACUCCGCCGCGAAUAACGACAUGAAAGUAUUUUUGUCUUUCGACUUCAAUUGGUGGCAUAUUGAGCAGGCCACCGCGAUAGGCCAAAAGAUCGCCCAGUAUGCUAGCAGACCGGCACAACUUAUGGUGGACAAUAAGGUGUUUGUUUCAUCGUUCGCUGGCGAUGGGGUGAAUGUUGCAGCCCUGCGUGCAGCAGUGGGUAGGUCAAUAUUCUUUGCACCCAAUUUCCACCCAUCCUACGGAACAGAUAUAUCCCCCGUGGACGGGCUUUUGAACUGGAUGGCCUGGCCAAACAACGGAAACAACAAGGCCCCAAUGCCGGGUCACAACGUCUCCGUGGCAGAUGGUGAUCAUGUGUAUGUCAAUGCCUUGGCUGGUAAAGCCUAUGUUGCCCCUGUUUCCCCGUGGUUCUUCACCCACUUCGGACCAGAGGUCUCAUACAGCAAGAAUUGGAACUUCCCCUCCGAUCUUCUGUGGUUUAAUAGGUGGAACGAAAUUCUCGCUCUUCAACCCCGUUUCAUCGAAAUUGUCACUUGGAACGACUAUGGGGAAUGUCACUAUAUUGGUCCCUUGAAAUCUCCCCACACUGACGACGGGGCUUCGAAAUGGGUGAAUGACAUGCCCCACGAUGGAUGGCUGGACAUUUCGAAGCCAUACAUAGCUGCAUUCAAAGCAGGUGAAUCUUCACCCAAUAACCACAUCACAUCCGACGAGUUGAUCUACUGGUAUCGACCGACACCUCGGGGCGUCAACUGCGACUCCACCGACACUUGUAUGGUGUCUGCAAAUAAUGGAAGCGGCAAUUACUUCUUGGGUCGCCCGGAUGGGUGGCAGUCAAUGGCAGAUUCUGUUUUUGUGGUCUCUUUGCUCACGGCUCCAGCCACGAUCCAGGUAAACAGCGGGGGGAGUGAGUACAACUACAACGCACCCGCCGGUGCAAGCGCACAGGAGGUGCCAAUGGGGGUAGGCUCUCAGAGCUUCGCCAUUAUUCGUGGAGGUCAGACCAUUCUUUCCGGUACCAGCCUGAAACAAAUCAUCAAUGGUUGUGUUUGUGGAUUAUACAACUUCAACGCCUAUGUGGGAACUCUUCCGGCUGGUUUUAGCGAUCCUCUCCAGCCAGAUGGACUUGCCGCUUUCAGACAGGGCCUUCAUGUUGACUGUCAGGCCAUUCCAUCACUAGAAACGCUGACUUCUUCAUCUUGUCCAGUUCCGGGUAGUGGAAGUGGUGGGGGCGGCGGCGGCGGAGGAGGUGGAGAUGGAGGAGGAGGAGGAGGCGGCGGCGGCGGCGGCGGAGGAGGAGGAGGAGGUGGAGGUGGUGGUGGGGGCGGUGGUAGUUGCAUUUCAGGAACAGGGCCUGGCAACUAUAUCGGACUCUGUUCCUUCUGUUGCAAUUUUGGAUACUGUCCUCCGGGCCCUUGUACAUGUACCGGAUAUGGAGACCCGGUUCCACCACCACCCUCUACAGGUGUUCGGGGAGCUCCUCUGCCUGGAGAAGAUGAUUCAUAUCUGGGUCUUUGCAGCUUUGCCUGUGACCAUGGAUACUGUCCCCCGACAGCAUGUAGGGCACUCUGA